AUGGCAUGGGCCAACAGCUCACCAGUGGAUGAUAACCUCGCUAAACUGUUGCGUGUACAGACGACGGGAUCAUCAAAAUCCAAGGACAAACAGCAACCGAGUACCAAGUCCGAAGCACUAACACCAAAGGAAAAAGCGGCUCGAUAUGAAGAUCUCAAGUCAAAGCGGGCGUGGGACCUGGCGACCUCUCCAGCAAAACAAUUGCCGAUGCAGAUGAUCAUGGUAUACUUCUCUGGAGGGGGUGUACAGAUCUUUAGUAUGGGCAUGGUUGCAAUGUUGCUCUCUUCGCCGUUCAAGGCUGUUGCGGGGAUGAAUGAAGGUGCGGAAACACUUGACGAUGUCGACAUGUUGAUAUACUGA